AUGGGCCGUUCAUCCGACUCUCCUUCUCCUACUGUUGCCCAGUCGAUUAGUGGCUCGAGACCAUCGCUCUUGAAAUCGAAACCAAUACAUCUGAGAAAAUCUCGUUCGAAACGGGCUGGCCUUACAUUUUCGGUCAGUCGAGUGGACCGAAAACUCCACGAAGGCGCGAAUGGGAAUCGUAUUUCAUCUGGCGCUUCAGUUUACUUGGCUGCUGUUCUCGAAUACUUAACAUCUGAAAUCGUGGGCAUCAGUGGAAUUGAAUCGAAGAAGAAGAACAAAAAAAGAGUUACUCCCCGUCACAUUACGCUCGCCAUCAAAAUGGACAACGACUUCAAUUCAUUGUUCAAGGACAUCACUAUAGCUCAAGGAGGAGUUUUGCCAAAACCAAAGGAAGAGAUCCAGUCGAAUUCGAAUCAAAAUUAA